CUUAAGGUUGCCAAGGGCGACACUGGACGUGCAAUCGUACGCGGUGAAUUCGAGAGCAACACUUUGCUCCACUCGACAGUACCCGGUUUCGUGCCGAAACCAUAUGCAUGGGGCACCUACAAAAGCUUCCCCGAGUACCGUUUCUUUCUAUCUGAAGAGCUAUAUGAAACGGCCUUAACCAAGGCAUUAGCAAAUCUUCACGAAAAGGAAAGCCCUUCAGGAAAAUAUGGAUAUCCCACCUCAUUCCACUUAGGCCUCUCGACAAACGACAGUGUUAUGUGCAAAACUUGGGUCGAGUUUUUCCAAAAAGACAUGCAACGACUAAUAGCUCAUGAUCGAAAGGUCAACGGCGAAGACUCCAUCUGGGGCGAUCUCGGCUUCGUCCUCUGUGAUAGCGUGAUACCGUGGCUUCUCAGCCCACUGACAAAUUCCGAGUCUAUUCGCCCCGUCUUAGUUCACGGUAAUCUGUACAACGAAGUAUGCGGGUUUAAGAAGGAUAGUGGGGAGGCUAUUGUAUUUGAAGCCGCUGCCUUUUGGGCACCCAAGGAAUGUGAGUAG